AUGACAAUAACGAUAGACCACCAGGCGUUCCCGCAAAUCAUCGACCUCAUCGUCCAGUAUGCUCCACCCGGCGCGCUCCUCGCCCAGCGGGCGGCUUCGAAGGAGUUCCUCCACCGCAUCAACCGCCUGGCCGAGCACGCGGUUCUCGAGAAAACAAGUUCGGCCCUCAGCCCCGAUUCAACAGCAGUAGCCUAUGACGACGGUAUCUUGUACAGCUGCCUGUCGUCCCCUGGCCGCCGAAUGCCUCCUCUCCCGAGCGCGGCCAAAGUGUUGGACCUCGUGCUCCCAACUGAAUACUACGACCACGACAGACUGGACCGCUUCACUGCGAUCCACACCCUGCGACGCAUCCGCGGCGCUUGGGACCUCGAAACGCUCGAGUCGUUCCCCACCGUCCGCACCGUAGUCGAUUUCAUCGACUUCCUGCCCAGGUAUUGUCCCCCGCAAGCGCUGCGAAUUCCACCCGGCACCUCUCACUACGUCGCGCAUGUGAGGUACGACCAGCCGGAAGCAGGAGACCUAUUCGCCGUGUGCAACGAGCACGUGCGCAACCUCGACGUCGAUAUCGUCCUUUGGCCCACAUGCCCUGUCGACGGCAAUCCUCUCCCGCCGCCGCUGCGACUCAUUACCCUCACAAUCAACCGGAUUCUGGAAUACUGGACAGGCGACACCAUGGUCACGAUAACCAUCGUCGGUCUGGACACGAUUCCCAGCCAGAAGCGCGGUUAUAGCCCCAACGACCUCUUCAAGGAGAUCUUGGAAGUCGCCCGCGGUCGGCAUUUGGACUAUUCUGACCACUGGCUGUUCAACACAGAACUCACAGAGACUGUGAGGCGCUCGAUUCGCCUCAAGACCCUCGACGAGUGGUGGAAGGGGCUCGGUGACAGGAAGGACGUUGAGGGGGUGUGGCCUGAGAUCUAUGCUCCCGUGUUACCAUACUAG